CACAUUUGUCUGUCAGUUUGCCAAUCUGUUUACAAAAUAAUCUAAAUUUCUGUGAAUUGUGAAUUAAUUGAUACUUUUAAGGAUUCAGAAACCAUGCAACCAUCACUCUUCUAGAAUUCGUGACUGUAAAUAAGAAAGGCUACAAGACAGUUGAGAUCACAUUUGAAAAUUGCACAUCUACAUGUAUCUGGAUUCUGCAUUAACAAACCAUUGCAUGCAGUCAGAAAGUCACAGGAACUACAUCUACAAAAUGAAGAUUGUGGAUUGGUGAAUGAGAAUGGUUGCCAUGACUAGUUUUGUUGUUGCCAUGGGGAGACAACUUGGCGUGCUGAUAUUUUUUGCUAGCUCAGUAUUUGCAUUAAGUGAUUUCUGCGGUGAGCCAAGCAAGCUAUCACCUUCGAUAAUGCUAGAGAGGCUACAUACCACUGCUAUUCCGCGCGGUCUGUUGGACGCGGGUUACUUUGAACAAGACCAGCAGGCAGGCGAUGGCGCGGAGUGUGUCGUCAGCUGUUGUAACAAGCCGCUGUGUAAUGUGGCCUGGUUUACUGUUGGGAAAUGCUUCUCUAUUGAGUGUAACGUGGACGAUGAAAGGGCCUGCGAACCUGUCCCGCAGUCAACAUCAAAAUACAAGGACACGCUUUUCAUACAGAUUAGAUCAAUAAAUGAGACCAAGGCCAGCGAUGAAUGUGACCUCAAGGAUGACAACGGUUGCUAUGACAAACAGGAGUGUGUCACAGUAGGUCUUGUGACGAGGUGUAUGUGCGUGGACGGGUACCACUUCAGGAGUAGCAACAAUAAGACAUGUGUGAAAGAUUCAUUCAUUGGAAUGAUUACAGAAAAAGCAGGUGAACCAUUGGAAUGUGAGUACGGAAUCACCUUUUGUGGGCAAAACAAGGAAUGUGUUCUGCCCGCAGGCUCCAAAUCACGCCAUGGUGUCUGUACGUGCAAGAAUGGCUUCACCAAAGACAUGUCUGGGAAAUGUGUGGAAGUAGCAAACAAGGGCCAUAACUCUGAGUCACCCUUGGAAUGCGAGUAUGGGGUCACCGUUUGUGGGCUGAGUAAGGUAUGUGUUUUGCCUGUGGGAAGCAAAGCCCGCAACGGUGUCUGCAUGUGCGAGAAAGGCUUCGAGGAAGAUUCGUCGGGGAAGUGUGUGGACAAGGGGGAUAACUCUAAGAUGCCCGUGACAACCGACACAGGUGGAAGUGGCCUAAUUAAGAAUUUAACUGAGAAAACAGCGACAUCAGAUGGAUCAUCAGGAGAUAGAGAAUUCAUUAGUACAACUACUGUUAAAGUGAGCACUGGUCAAGGAACCACAACAAUGAUGCCUAUUCCAGAGAUCAAGAAAAAUACAACACCAGCAGUGACCUUGCUGACCGUUUCAAUAGGACCAAACAAGGUCAUCCAGUUGCCAGACAACCAAGUCACUUUAAAAGCCUUCACCCUACCAGAGGAGGAUAAAGACAAUCCCUACCACUAUGACUGGACCCUUGAGGCUCAUCCUGGGGGAGAGAAUACAGGCAAUAUGGCGGGAAAAAACACUAACACCCUGGUCCUUACGCAGCUUAUUGCUGGUGUUUACACCUUUCGUGUUCAAGUGACGGGCACUGACAAGUUUGGAGAUGCGAGAGUGAAUGUGAGCGUAUUGCCUCCUACAAGGAAGAAUGUGCCCCCUGUUGCAGUUGUGAAGCCAUCAGAUUUGGUGGUAAAACUGCCUAACUCUGCCAUAUUGGAUGGUUCUGAUAGUACGGAUGAUGACAAGAUAGUCAAGUACCAAUGGGAGAUGGUACAAGGCCCUCUGCAGGAUAAAACCAUCGCCGGGGAGGCGGCCAUACUCACACUGACCGACCUUGUGCCUGGCAAUUACACAUUCAAAUUGACAGUGACAGACUCUGAUGGUGCUACAAACUCUAAAACAGCGAAUGUCGGUGUUAUAAAAGAGACAGACUACCCACCAAAGGCCAACGCAGGUUCAGACAUCGUGAUCAACCUACCCCAAAAUUCUGUGGUGCUCAGUGGUAACCUUAGCACAGAUGACAAGGGCAUUGUGAGUUAUGAGUGGAUCAAGGUAUCCAGCGACAAACUGGCCGCUGAUAUGCAGGGGACCAGAACGUCAGAGCUACACCUCAGCAAUCUAGAGGUGGGAGACUACAUGUUCAGUCUCAAGGUCACGGACAGUGCUGGCCAGGUGUCUACUGCAGAUGUGCAUGUAUACGUGAAACCUGAACAAAACAAGCCUCCCGUUGCCAUGACGAUGGGUACCAUGGAGACCUCACUUCCCCUUGACAGCAUCUUAUUGGACGGCAGCAACAGUACAGACGAUCAGAAGAUAGUGUCCUAUGCCUGGCAACAGACUGCUGGACCUACCACACUGAUUAUCCGUGCCCCAGACCAGGUGACCACAGAGGCCACGGGUGAGAUCAAGGUUGGAAAAUACGAGUUCAAGGUCACCGUGAAAGAUGGGGAGCAACUCUCUUCUUCCAAUGUGCUUACCGUGGUAGUGAAACAAGUGGCCAAUGAACCACCCAUAGCGCGGGCUGGUGGCAAUGUAGAAGUGCAGCUUCCACAGGGUCUGGUGACAUUGGAUGGAUCUAAGUCAUCGGAUGAUCAUAAGAUAACCAGAUAUCACUGGGUCCGCGAAGCUGCCUCUCUCGCUGCAGGGGAUGUGCUGAACAGCAGUGACCACCAGGCGGUUCUGCAGCUGGUGAACCUUGUGGCUGGGCAUUAUGUGUUCAACCUUACAGUGGUGGAUGAGGGGGGAUUCAGUAGCAGUGAUAGAGCCUCUCUGCUGGUCAAAGAAGAUCCUCACAAGAAAGACCUGAUGGAAUUGGAGCUGGAAGCUGAUAUCACAGAAUUCACCCAAGAAAACGAGAAAAAUCUGGAGGGGCAGUUAGCGCUUCUGUUACCUAAGCAACCUGAACUUGGGGAGUUGCAGAUCAGUAUUCAGGGCAUGAGUGUGAACCCACAAUCUGGGAAUCUCAGGGUGCAAUUUUAUGCAAUCAAUGUGCUGCGUGAUGUGAGGACGUACAGAGAUGGUGUGGCCACAUUGACAGAGCUCAAGAAGAAGCUCAUGUCCUCUCCCUAUGUGCUGGAGUACAAGGCUGCCAGUGUGGAUACACUAGUAUGCCAAAAGAACUGCUCUGGGCACGGUCAUUGUGACAUGAAGACCAAGCGGUGUAUCUGUGAGGCCUUCUGGACCUCCAAUCUCUUCCUGUACUGGAUCUACGGGGAGACUAACUGUGAUUGGAGUAUUUUGUACGUUGUGAUAGUGUGCUUUUUCAUUGUGAUAUUCUGUACUGGUGCAAUAUGGGGCUGCAUUUUCUGCUGGCAAAGAAAAAGGUGCAGGUGCCGGUGCAGUGGCUGUCGUCGAACUACAAAGAAGAGACAUCGCUACUCUCUGCUGCAAGACGCAGACAAAGAUGAAGAGACGCUGGAACUCAAAUCAGGUAAAAUGCAGAACAGCAGUUUGAUGCUGUCGGACUCGGAGUUCUCAAGUGAAGAAGAAACUAUAUUCUUGAACAAUAAAAAGACUAAUGGACAUAUUGGAAAAUUGAACGGAGUGAAUAAACAUUUGAAGAACUCACUGAAGACGUGAAAUCUUAACUGCUGUUGUAUAAAGGUUGUGGUGAUGUUUGAUUUCUGACUUGUUUUUACAAAUAACUGAUGUAAAAUGUGAAUAUCCUGGAACAAUCCAUGUUUUUGUUGUUUCGUUGGUCAUUUAAUACGCACACAAUUUUGUUAAAAAAACACAAUAAUGUUGUGUGGUUGAUGCAUGGAGUGUUGGUGUAUAAGGCUAAAUGAAAAGCAUUUUGUAAGAAGAAUAAGAAACAAAGAGUUAUUUGUUAAAUCAAAAUUAUAUUUAUUGCUAAACAGUAAGGUAUUUUGAAGAUUGUAUGGUAGAUAUGAUUGUAAAUAUAAUUUAUGUAAACAAAGUGCCUCAAAUCAGGGGUGGCAAAUUUAUAUGUAAGAUUAUUUGUUCAUAUUUAGCUCUAUGGUCAGACAGAUAUGCAAAGGCUCUUUCAGUGUUAAAACUUUUAACUUUUAAUUUAACAGUUGUAAUAACUUUGUAACUAUAUUAUUCAUUUCGACUUUGCCUAUGGUAUCAUUUUAGCGAAUGAUGCAAUACUCCUUGUUGAGUAUUUUGAUAAGAUGUGUGCUCGAUUUUAAUUAUGAUAAAUUAAGAUUUGAACAUAAAUAGAUAUUCACCCUAAACAAGGACUAUGCCUUUAUCAUAAACUCAAACAUUAGGUUCCACGCAGUUAUCAUUUGUUAUAUUGACAUAAGUUAUUCCUCUGUUUUAAGAAGCAUGAAUGAGGCAAAUCCAGUUGCCAACAGUCCAAUUUUAGAACUCGUGCCAGUGCUGGUAUAUAUUUCAGAUCGGUGAGGCAAACAGAGGCAAUUUGCGGCAACCUGCGUGAUAAUUUAACUUAAAUUUGCCACCCCUGUUCAUAAGUAUCUUAACAUAUUAUUUAAAUGUGCCAAAAUUUCAGCAAUUCUAGCUACCCCUGAACUGGUUAUUUGUGAACAAUUGUGGUGUUUCCAUGCAGUUUUGUACAAAUGUUGUUUUCACUGAUGAUAUGAGCCUUCUACUUUGGGAAAAUGGUGCUUAAUGCAUAUUUGUAAAGUGUUUUCCCAGAUGAGCCUGUGCAGUCCGUACAGUCUAAUCAGUGAUGACACUUUCAGCUUAAAUUGUUAUUGUUAUUUUUAUAUUAACCCUUUGCAUGCUGGGAAAUUUGUCGUCUGCUAAAAUGUUGUCUGCUGAAUUUCUAAAAUUAGCAUUUUCUUCGAUUUUUUUCAAAGAAUAUUAUCAGAAUAGCAAACAGUUUGGAUCCUCAUGAGACGCCACGUUCUGUGGCGUCUCAUCUGGAUCCAAACUGUUUGCAAAGGCCUUCAAAAUUCGGUUCCCGCACUUAAGGGGUUAAAGGAAGUCACUUUUGUGUGAAAAUCCAGUUAAGACAAAAAGUGUCGUCGCUGGUUAGCAUUUGCUGACUGCACAGGCUAAACUGGGACGGUAAUUUAAGCACAUGGAUUAAACCUCAUUUUUUCAUAGUGAGGCUGAGAUGUUUUGUGCAAAGAUGUUUUCAAAGUUUUUACUUAGUUGUUUUAGUUGCCUUCUAUUCAUGAAUGGGAGACAAUCCCAAUUUAUUUAAAUAUAUAUGUGAUGAUUUGUUAUUUUGAGAGGCUUAACAAAAUCUUACAAUUGACAAAUGCAAACACAACCAUGUCUGAACAUGUUAUGAAGCAUCACUCUUAUUAUGUUACUUUUGUCAUUUCAUGCAUAUUCAACCUUUUGCCAUAUGUGGGGCAACAUUGAAAUCCAUUAUAAAUAGGUUCACUAAACCAUUUGUUUAUAUAUUUUUUUGUUGUUUAUUAUUACAUGCUUUAUGUUUACUCAUUCCAUAACUUACACAACUUUGUCUGCUUUUAUGUUAUUUAUUAAAUUGAAAUUAUGGAUUCAUUAAGUAUGUUUUAUUUAAAAUGUGUCUGUUUUGUCUUUAAAAAAGACAAAUGUCUAACAGGAUAUUUGAAGAAAGCACUGUUUGUCUAUUUAUUGUUUACAUUUAUAAGCAAUAUACAUGAACAGGCUAAAAAGCUUUUGCCAAAAGUCUUAACAAGAUUAUUGAAGGGUUGUAUAUAUGUUGACUCAUUGUAAUAUGUGUCUUGUUCUGUGAAAAUUGGGCAAAAUGCAUGUGGGUAAAGUGUCGUCCCAAUUUAGCCUGUGCAGUCCACACAGGCUAAUCAGGGGCCUGUGCAGUUCGCACAGGCUAAUCAGGGACGACACUUUCCGCUUUAAUGGUACUUUUUGUUUAAAUGAAGUCCCUUUUUACAGAAAAUCUAGUUUAGGUGGAAAGUGUCAUCCUUGAUUAGCCUUUGCGGACUACACAGGUUAAUCUGGGACGACACUUUACGCACAUGCAUAAUGCCCAGUUUUCUCAGAACAAGACACAUAUAAUCCACAAACAGAGCAUCUGACCAGUGAGUCUGUGAUGUCAAUGAGCGAGUUCGUGAUGUCAAAUAGAUUGCCCUGUAAGAUUAAAUUGACGGUUUAUUUGAUGCAAUUUUAUUGGUACCUACAUUAGAUGCAUAUGCAUUGGUGGAUUGUAGUAACCGCAUUAUUUAUAUUAUCACUAUAAAAGGGACCAAUGAUAUGGUUAGGUGUCAGAAAACAGUCUUUGUUAGAUGUUAGUUUCAUGUCCUCAAAUCCUGCGGUUUGAAAUUCAGUUUGAAAUUCAACUAAAGUGUCAUUCACUUAUUUGUUUAAGCCGACACAUACAUGUUUAUUUGAACAUUUCAGUGUUGACAUUAUGUUGUUCAUUGAUAUUGCACAAUUAUUUAUUCAGAGAUUCGGUUUUCUUUUAUGGUGUAUUAUUAUGCAACGUUUAUGCACACAUUCAUAUUGCAUUAGGUGUGAGAUUAAUUUGGUUCUAAAUCUUUUUGUUGUUGUUAUAUUUCAAAGUCAUUAUUAUUUUGUUUAUUUUUCUAUCUUUAUUUGUUUGUGAAAAAAGGCUGUAUUAAUUUAAUUUAUAAAACACCUUUGAGGGCAGGAUGGGGGCCAUCAAGCAUCAAUGUCUCAAAGUAAAAACAGGUGCAAGGUAAAGCUCACAUCUCAAGGUCAAGGGUCAAAUUCAGGAAAUUUGUACAGAACACAUUGUCUGGUGCAUACAUUUGUCAGGCAUGGAUGGAUUUUCAAUAAACAUGGCAAAAGUGAUCAGUAUUAUGAGACAAAGUGUCAUGUGAAAGGUCAAGGUCACUAAGUCUAAUGUCAAGGUCACAAAUUUAGGUCAAAGGUCAAAACAGAGUUUUUAGCAAAUAGAUUAUUUUGAAAUAACUGUGCGGUAGUUACAAGAAUGCUCAGUGCUGACUUUAUAACCAAUAAGUCCCUACGUUGUUGGUCAAGAAUAUAGUCAAGGGUAAAAUCUGAGAAAUCAAUGAAGAAUUUGUCCAAUCUUUACCCCAAAAAAAUGUGCAAAGGGGUGUAUCUUUGUGACAAAGGGGUGUAUCUUUGUGACAAAGGGGUGUAUCUUUGUGACAAAGGGGUGUAUCUUUGUGACAAAGGGGUGUAUCUUUGUGACAAAGGGGUGUA